CACUGAACACAAACGCACCUGUUUUCACGCUCAGAAACUUUUAGCUGUAUUGAAAAACUUCUCUUUAAACUCCUCGGCAGGGUUUAAACUGGGAUAUUCUGUUUUGGGGAAAUCUCACCAUCCUAUGGAUAUUUCUCAAACUCGGAACAUUGAAGCGGAAAUGGCUGCUCGGACAUCUGAGCGUCUCUGCUGGACUCACUGUGUCUGCAGGAGGUAGUUUAAAGCAAAGAGGGACCACCGACUGGACAUCAAACACAUCAUCACAGAUGUGUGCUCAGCAGGAUGUGCAGGCGAAGCUUGAAGAGGACGUCACUCUUCAGUGUCAGAUUUCCACAGAUGAAAGAAUCUCGGUGUUGAAGUGGAGCAGAGCUGACCUGAACACAGACGGCUACGUCUACUUCUACAGGAACAAACGCUCCUAUGAAAACUACCAACAUCCAUCUUUUCAUGGCCGAGUGAAGCUGAAGCACCCAGAGAUGAAGGAUGGAGACGUUUCUGUGAUCCUGAAGAAGGUCACGUUUAAUGACACUGGGAUGUAUGAGUGUCACAUAGCUGUGAGGAACCCUGUGAGAAGUAAAAGAGUUCACACUGAGAUCAGUCACUUCAUCAACCUCACAGUCACAGCUCUUCAGCAGAAUAUGCAGGCGACGCUCGGAGCAGACGUCACUCUCCAGUGUCAGAUUACUACAGAUGAAAGAAUCUCAGUGCUGAAGUGGAGCAGACCUGACCUGAACACAGACGGCUACGUCUACUUCUACAGGAACAAACGCUCCUAUGAAAAUUACCAACAUCCAUCUUUUCAUGGCCGAGUGAAGCUGAGGGACCCAGAGAUGAAGGAUGGAGACGUUUCUGUGAUUCUGAAGAACGUCACAUUUAAUGACACUGGGAUGUAUGAGUGUCACGUAGCUGUGAGGAACCCUGUGAGCAGUAAAAGAGUUCACACUGAGAUCAGUCACUUCAUUGACCUCACAGUCACAGGUGAAGUGCAUGAAAACAUGUUGGAGAAGCACAUCAUGGAAAGAGAAGAUGCUGAUGGAAACACUGAGGUUGAACAGGUUGAAGCACAGACUAUCCUGAUUGUUGCUGCUGUUGGUGCUGUCAUUGCUGUUGCUGCAGCUGUUGGUUUGUUAGUGUUGCUUCUUAAGAGAAAUAAGAAGCAGCAUCACAUCCUACUGAGGAAGAAUCAGUCCUGCUGAUUACAAAUAACCGCCAUAAGGAUUUAAAUAUAUUUAAUUUAAAGUGAAAAUGAUAAGAUCACAAACUGUUUGUUUAUUAGAUGAUAAUUUGUAACCAUUAAAACGAUUAACCACUGUCCUCACAUAUCUAUCAUAAAAA